UACGUCACUCCAUUGAAGAAGAAGAGGGACCGAGUUUGGCCGUGUUAUCACACUCUUAGUCCAACUUGAAUCAUGUCGAGCCAACUCUGUAAGCUUUUCGUCGGCGGACUGAACGUUGAGACCACAGACGAUGGACUCCGCAAGCAUUUUGAGCAGUUCGGCACGCUGACGGACUGCGUCGUCGUCCUGAAUCAGCAGCUCCAGCGGUCCCGCUGCUUCGGCUUCGUAACCUUCUCGACGACGGAGGAGGCUGAUGCAGCAAUGGCCGCUAGGCCACAUGUCAUAGAUCGCAGCAACGUGGAGGUGAAGAGGGCCGUGUCUCGAGAGGAUGCUAACAGACCAGAAGCCCUGGCUAAAGUCAAGAAAAUCUUCGUUGGUGGGCUGAAAGACGAAAUCGAGCCGGAUCACCUCACCGAGUAUUUUAGUCAGUAUGGCGUAGUGGAGAAGUCCGAAGUCAUCUCCGACAAAGAAUCCGGCAGGAAGAGAGGCUUCGGCUUUGUCUACUUCGAGGACAACGACUCAGCCGACAAGGCGGUGUUGCUGAAAUUCCACACAGUCCAAGGACACAAAGUGGAGGUGAAGAAAGCUUUGACCAAGCAGGAGAUGCAGGCUGCCGGCGGCAGGGGAGGAAGAGGCCGGGGAAGACCGUACAACAGCUAUGGCGGCGGAAGAGGCAGCUACGGCGGACACUAUAAUAAUGGCUACAACAGCUACGGAGAAGGCAGCUACGACGGCUACGGCCACAACCAGGGCGGGUAUGGAGGUGGAAGUUAUAACGAGGGCUACGGGAGCUACAGUGGGGGUUAUGGCGGUAAUGGGAACGGGUACGGUAGCUUUGGCGGAAACUACGGACAGGAGCCCUCCUGUUAUGGUGCCAUGAAGAGCGGUAACUUUUCAAACAGGAGCGGGGGCCCGUACGGCAACUACAGCGCCAGAGGAAGUGGAGGAUACAGCAGGGGGGGAUACUAAAUGGCAAGAGUUUGGCAAUGUCUAUGGGGACAAAAUCUUCUGAACUGAAUUUACACGAACACACAUACAUAUCACCCACAGCAGGCCCGGAUGGGGGUGUCUUUGUUAAUUUUUGCCCAUCCCCCACAAUGACUGAUGAAUGAGACUGUCCUGAAGCCUUGCAACCCCACACCUGGACCCCCAUCUGUUCUCACAUUCAAGAGAUGUUAUGGACUUUACUACCAACAAUUUAAUCUUUGCGAACUGCUGAAAUGUACUUUGUUAUGUUGGGGGGAGGGGAGGGAGGGAGUAUUUUAUUGACACAAGUACAACGUUAAUGUCAGUCACUGCUUCAAAAUUAUUAAUGGAAUUAUUUGUCUUGUAAGCCAGCCGGAUAUAUAUUAUAUAUAUUUUUUAUUUUUUAUUUUUUUAUUUUUUGCAUCAUGAACUCAGGGUAUCAGUGGAGUCGACUAUAGUGUGAGACUUUGGUCUUGGUUGCUUGAGUUUCUUGAUCUUAAAAAAAUCCGUGAGAAAUGUCUCGGAUUAUUUUAAUAAGUGCAUUUUUGCUUCCUUUUGUUUUAAUUGUAAAUCGACCCAACAACUUUUUUUUCAUUUUUAUUUUUUGUUAUUUUGCCCGUCCUACUUAUGCUUUUGUUUGGUAAUACUUUGCAUUGAAAGUGUUUAAUGAUUCAUGUGUUCAGUUCACCCCUAUGUUUUACUCCUGCUUUUAUUAUUAAAGGUUUUUAAUGUUUUGAAAAUGAA